UUUUCACUCCUUUACUAAUCAAGUAGUCUUAGGUAAUUCGGUCAUUUCAGUUAUGACAAAACGUUUUAGUUAUCUGAUUGAUAGUAAAAAAAACAGUGCAAAUAUGCCGAUUGUAAAACGGAAAAUUAACUUGAACAUUUUGCAAAUAGCUGCUGAAAAGGAUUUACGUCGGCGAUCUUGUUGCCCUUUUAUUAAAGAGAACCAUAGCGUUGAUAAUUCCCGUAAUAUAUCUCAUCUCUCAGUAGAAGAUAUUAAUGAGCUGACACACCCUUCGCAAGAAGCUGUGCUCUUUCACAAGAUGGAUUAUGAACACUUGGAUGGAAAUGUUGGCAAACACAUAAAUCUGCGUUCAACAAUUAGUCAAAAAAAGCAAGGAACGGAAACUUUAAGAUCGAAAUUAAUGUAUCGAGAGCAAAUACGAAGCAAAAAUUCUAAAAUGUUACUAAUCGAAUCGCUUUUGCAUAUUAAAACACCAAACAACCGACCAACAACAGAGAAGAAUGUGAAGCAGUUGGUAUCCUUAAUGUUGAAUAGCCAAUCGAAAUUUUCAAAGGAACGAAAGAAACUAUUUGGAGCUAUUCAACAUUUGCAGACGUAUAUGAACAAAAAUGAACAACUUGACCAGCAGAUGAAUGAUGCUACUUUGGAACAAUACGUUGAGGUCAGGUCGGAAGUGAACCGAAAUGGCGAAAAAUGUGAGGAAACCAAAAAAGUUAUGGCCGCUUCAAGGAAACAGUUUGAAAAUGAUGUGGCUAGUGCGACACAGCUUCGUGAAAAAUUAUGUGACUACCAGAACAGACUACAGAUUUCUGAGCUAGAUGUUCAUAAUUUGAAAGAAGACAAUUUAACAAAGAAGCAAUAUUUGGGAAGACUGCUCCAUCUAAAAAAUGAGCAUCGGUGGAAGAAAGAUAAUCUGCAUCGUAUAUUGCCCUUCUAAUAGAUUCCCCGCAGAUGUUCUAG